UGUGUUUACUUCCUUUCUGCUCCCGGAAAAUCGAGCUAUCCUCUUCUCUCUCCUUAUAUAAUAUUAUUAUACCGGAUUUCAUGAUUCGUCUCAUGAUCAAGUGGGUUAUUCUGGUUCUCUGAGAUCUACUCGCAGCAGUGAAAGAAGACUGCAGGCGAACAGGAAGGCGUCAACAUUUCAUAACCCUAGCUACUUUGUACGGUCUCUAUUUGAUAAAAUCAUCUGCAAUAGCUUCAUCGGCAUUCAUCAGAUCCAAGGAUUGGCGAAGUCUGAGGAGGCAGCGAAUGGAUCAAUUACGGAUCAUUGGAUCCUUUUGUGGCUAGGUCUUAAAGAAGACUAUCAUAAAUUGGUUUGACUUUCAGUCAUGUUUAGGACUUAAGGUCAUCAAUAAAAUUGGUAGCAGGGUUAUAAUAGAAAUAUCAAGGCGGUUGAUUUGAUUCAAAACACUUGAUUGGUAUCUGAUGGUUAAUGUGAGAUAACGAGCCAGCAUACAAGGAGAAGCUAUUGUUAAAGUAUUGUGACUUGUGAUUGCUAUUGACAGGCUCAGCUUUUUUAUCAGAAGAGUUCCAACAAGUCAAAGUUGAUUAUUGAAGCAGUUGACAUUUCUAUGAAUGACUGGUGAUGGAUGAAGUGUUCACUAGCAAUAUCAAAAAACCAGUGGAUGACAGCAAUGCAAUUGAUAUAUGACUUAGUAGCGAAUGUUGCAACUUCAAAGUGCUAUCACAAUUUUGUAAACUCCUAUUGUUGGAGGUGAUGAACAAUAAAAUGGAGGCACAGACAAUGAGCGCUAACCAACUGCCUUCAUUUUUUCAUCGAUCCCUUCAUGUUGUUGCACCGAUGCUUAUGAUUUCAGUGGGAUACAUUGACCCUGGAAAGUGGGCUGCUACUGUGGAAGGUGGUGCACGAUUUGGGUUCGGUCUGAUGGCGUUCAUGCUUUUUUUCAAUUUUGCUUCUAUCUUAUGUCAGUACAUAUCAGCUAGGAUUGGGGUAAUUACUGGAAAAGAUCUUGCAAAGAUUUGCGGGGAUGAGUAUGGCGCACGGACAUGCAUAUUCCUUGGAAUUCAAACAGAACUUUCAGUGAUUAUGCUAGACCUUAAUGUGAUCCUGGGCAUGGCUCACCUAUUAAAUCUAAUUUUUGGGUGGGACUUGUUCACCUGUGUCUUGUUGGCCGCUGCAAGUGCUGCUUUUCACUUACUUCCUGCCAUCCUUCUUGAUAAUGGGAAGGCAAAAGUCCUCGGCCUCUUUAUUGCUGGCUUUGUACUGCUUUUUGUUGCUUUUGGGAUAACAAUAAAUGGACCUGAAAUUCCUGUAUCCACAAGUGGAGUACUAACAAAGUUGAGUGGGGAGAGUGCAUUUGUGCUUAUGAGUCUUUUGGGAGCGACUCUUGUACCCCACAACUUUUAUCUUUAUUCCUCUGUUGUACAGUGGCAUCAGGGAUCAGUAAAUUUUUCUAAGGACGCUACGUGUCAUAACCAUUUUUUAGCAAUCUUUUGUGCCUUCAGUGGCAUUUACUUGAUAUACAAUAUGAUGAUGGGCGCUGCAGCAAAUGAGUUCCAUGGUACUGGUCUUGUUUUGCUUACUCUUCAGGACGCACUAUCACCAAUGGAACAGGUGUUGCAGAGUCCAAUGGCACUACCUGCCUUUCUUCUCUUUUUGUUUAUUUCAAAUCAGGCCACAGCAUUGGCAUGGAGUUUAGGGGGAGAAGUAGUUGUACAUAGUUUUUUGAAACUGGACAUUCCAGGCUGGCUUCAUUAUGCUACAAUCAGGGUGAUUGCUGUUCUUCCUGCCCUUUAUUGUGUUUGGAGUGCAGGUUCUGAAGGGAUGUAUCAACUGCUUGUAUUCACUCAGGUUGUGGCAGCUUUGCAACUUCCAUCUUCUGUGAUCCCGCUUUUCCGAAUCAGUACAUCUAAAUCGAUAAUGGGUGUACACAAGAUCUCUCAAUUCGUGGAAUUUUUGGCAUUGAUAGUAUUUAUUGGGAUACUUGGGUUAAAUAUUAUCUUUGUGGUAGAAAUGAUAUUUGGCAGUAGCAAUUGGGUGGAUUAUUUGAGAUGGAAUGUGGGUAGUGGCAUGUCAGUUCUUAUUUUCACAGCUUGUGUAUUAUUUGGCUUCAUGCUUUGGCUAGCUAUCACACCUCUAAAAUCUACAAGUGCCCAUUUAGAUGCUCAAGCUUGGAACUCUGAUGAGGCAGAGGCCACAAAAGUUUCACCAAUCGAGAGUCAGGAGUCAGACUUGACUGAAACUAGAUGUCAUAGGGAUGCAUCUCUUAAUGUGGAGGAACCAUCUUCAACUCUAGCAAGAGAUUCAGGGACUUCAGGGCUUCCUGUGACUACUGAAGAAGAGAGUCAUUCCAUUACACAGUUGCCUAGCCCCCCUGGUUAUCUUGCUAAGGAAUCUGUUUCCCCUCCAAAUUCAGAAGCAUUAUCAACUGUUACAAAUGAGAUUUCUGAUGCCGGAUUGGCGACCAUCAAAACUGAAGAACUGGAAGCAAUUGCCCAAGUCAAGAAGACAGCAGAAGUUGAGGCAGAUACGAAUGCUGAGAGGGAUGAUGAUGAUGGAGACUCUUGGGAAGCUGAAGAAUCAUCCAAAGUGGCUACCGCAGGAGCUCCAUCGUCAACAUCUGAUGGCCCUGGAUCAUUCAGGACUCUUAGUUGGAAAAGUGAUGAAGGGGGGAAUAGCAUUGGAAGUCUAUCAAGAUUAGCAGGCUUAGGACGGGCUGCAAGGCGUCAACUAGCUACUAUUCUCAAUGAUUUUUGGGGAGAACUGUAUGAUUACCAUGGACAACCAACCCAGGAUGCAAAGGCUAAAAAAUUGGAUGUCUUGUCUGGUGUAGAUUUGAGAUUCUCCGGCUCCUUGCCGAAAGUGAAUGCAUCUGGAAAUGACUAUCCUGAGUAUGUAGCGUCUGUAGGAAGUAGAGCAUCAGAUACUUUGAUGAACUCUGGUCUUUAUGACUCUCCCAAGUUUCCCAGGAUACAAAGUUCUUUUGAAUCUUCAUAUGGCCCUCAGAGGGGUUCCUCAUCUUUUCGGGCAAACCCCACUGGGUUAUUAGAUGCGUGUGUGCAGAACUCCAGCCGCAAGGUUCUUGACUCUGGGGAGAGGCGCUAUUCCAGUGUGCGCAGUCUCCCUUCAUCUGAGGUUUGGGAUGGUCAGCCUGCAACAGUUCAUGGUUAUCAAAUUGCAUCCUACCUUAGUCGAGUUGGAAGAGACAGAAUUCCAGAUAAUUUAAAUGGUCAAGGCAAAUUGUCAUCUUUAAAAUCUCCUUUAACAGGCACUAAUGCAAGCUACAGGGAUCCAUAUACAUUUGCUUCGGGCCAAAAACUGCAAAAUGGUGUCGGUGCAGCUCGACCCCCAGGAUUUGAAAAUGUCAGAAUAUCUAGAAACUCCACGUUGCCAUCUGAGACAUCUUGCUAUGAUUUUUGCUUUCCUGGAGCUGCGGAUAGUGUAGGCAGUUCAGUCAAUACGAAGAAAUACCACAGCUUGCCAGAUAUUUCAGGUUAUGCUAUACCCUGCAGGGGUGUUUAUGCAUCUGAUAAGAAUGCCGCAUUUGAGGGUUCUGUAUAUGGGUCUACUAGAACUGGUUAUGAACCACUGUAUUCAAAUUCGGGAUCCAGAAGAGGUGCCCCUUUGGCCUUUGAUGAUGUUUCCCCAUCAAAAGACUACAGAGAUGCCCUCUCAUCACAAUUGGGUUCUGAUUCUGAUACUGGAUCUCUCUGGUCAAAACAGCCUUUCGAGCAGUUUGGUGUAGCAGGUAAGAUCCAUGAUAUGGGAAUGGAGGGUGUUGGAACUCGGCCUAGUUCCAUAUCUCAAGAGACAGCUUCAGUUGUUGAUAUGGAGGUGAAACUUCAGUCUUUUAGACGAUGCAUUCUUGGUCUUCUAAAAUUGGAAGGGUCUGAUUGGUUGUUUAGACAGAAUGGCGGGGUUGAUGAGGACCUAAUAGAUCGUGUAGCUGCAAGGGAGAAAUUCCUCUAUGAAGUUGAGACUAGGGAGACAAACUCCUUUAAUUUUUCAGUGACAUCAGUUCCUCACUGUGGGGAGGGCUGUAUAUGGAGACCUGACCUGAUAAUAAGCUUUGGGGUGUGGUGUAUUCACCGUAUCCUUGAGCUUUUACUUAUGGAGAGCCGCCCUGAGCUGUGGGGGAAAUACACCUUUGUACUCAACCGCCUCCAGGGGGUAAUUGAUCCUGCUUUUUCAAAGCCUCGUAGUGUGAUGCCCCCGUGCUUUUGUCUACAAAUUCCGGCAGCACACCAGCAAAAGUCGAGCCCUACUUUCUCAAAUGGAGUGUUGCCCCCUCCCCCUGCCGCAAAAGCCGGCAGGGGGAAAUUCACCACUGCAUCAAUGAUCCUUGAACUCAUAAAGGAUGUGGAAAUUGCAAUCUCUGGUCGUAAAGGACGAACAGGAACCACCGCGGGUGAUGUAGCUUUCCCUAGAGGAAAGGAAAAUGUGGCCUCUGUUCUCAAACGCUACAAGCGCAGGUUAUCCAGGCAGCCAUGUGGCAGUGUCGAAGGCAGUGGUUCACGCAGGAAUCUCUCUUCAGCGCCCUAUAAUAACUCGUAGUAUGUUGCCCGUGCUGCUUUGUCUCCCUCAACCAUAUUCCUUGCUGCAGAUUUAAUUUCCUUGUAUGUUUUAUGCAUCGAAUAACAAUUGCUUACGUAAUUGCAGCAAAUGAAAAGGGGAAAAUGGUUAGUUGUAGACUGACUGCUUCAGUUUUGUUGCUUAUCUUCUUUGCUUUCCUCUGUCCAGUGCCUGCGAGCGUGUUAUAAAAAAUGAACUAAAGUAUUGGGUCCGCUAGCGGACAAUGAAUAAACUAACACCAGGCACCCUAUCAUGCA